AUGGUCAUUGACUUUAGAAGAACACAGAGCGACCACUCUCCACUGAACAUCAACAGCUCCUGUGUGGAGAUUGUCAAGAGCACCAAAUUCCUUGCUGUGGGAUCUGCUAUGGAUCACUGCGGGGAACAUGAGAGCCAGACCACGGCUCACAGGAAGAUUAAACACCAGAAACAGGGCUUUCCUGAGUCCAGCUGUGUCUCCAUGCGGAGCGACCAGUCCAAGGGUCCACAUGUUGACUUCAAAAAUGGAAGUCGAUCUGUUGAUCCAAGGGGGGUCCUGCAGCAGAGACAACACCCUCCUGUACCCAGCAGUGUGUCCCUGCAGAGCGAGCGGUCCAAGGGUCCACAUGUUGACUUUAAACAUGAACAGAAGUCUGCUGAUCCAGGAAAGGCCAAACAACUGCGACAACACCCUGCUGUACCCAGCAGUGUGUCCCUGCAGAGCGAGCGGUCCAAGGGUCCACAUGUUGACUUUAAACGUGAACAGAAAUCUGCUGAUCCAGGACUUCAGCAGCAGAGUUCAGGGGUUUCCAGAGUUCAGCACACCCAGCAGGAUAAAAAAGACCUGGACUCCAUUUUCAUGAAACUGGAGGAGAACAUUGUCAGUUUUGUGAAGAAUGAGCUGAAAAAAUUCCAAAAGAUUCUGAGCCCAGAUAACUCAGCAGGCUUGGAGAGCCAGAGAGAAGAUGGGGAACUGUUGAAUGAUAAAGAUGGAGAACAGAGGAGGAACAUCAGAGAAUCAUUUCUGAAAAUGACACUUCACUUCUUGAGAAGAAUGAAUGAGGAGGAGCUGGCUAACCAUCUGCACAGCAGAACUUAUGAUACUAUGUGUCACCAUAAACUCAAAUCUGCACUGAAGAACAGGUUCCAGUGUGUGUUUGAGGGCAUCGCUAAAGCAGGAAACCCAACCCUCCUGAAUCAGAUCUACACAGAGCUCUACAUCACAGAGGGAGUGGCUGCAGAGGUCAAUGAUGAACAUGAGGUCAGACAGAUUGAAACAGCAUCCAGGAAACCAGACAGACCAGAAACAACAAUCAGACAAGAAGACAUCUUUAAAGGCUCACCUGGAAGAGAUGAACCAAUCAGAACAGUGCUGACAAAGGGAGUGGCUGGCAUUGGGAAAACAGUCCUAACACAGAAGUUCACUCUGGACUGGGCUGAAGGCAAAGCCAACCAGGACAUCCAGUUCAUGUUUCCAUUCACUUUCAGAGAGCUGAAUGUGCUGAAAGAGGAAAAGUUCAGCUUGGUGGAACUUGUUCAUCACUUCUUCACUGAAAUCAAAGAAGCAGGAAUCUGCAGCUUUGAAGACUUCCAGGUUGUGUUCAUCUUUGAUGGUCUGGAUGAGAGUCGCCUUCCUCUGGACUUCCACAACACUGAGAUCCUGGCUGAUGUUACAGAGCCCACCUCAGUGGAUGUGCUGCUGAUAAACCUCAUCAGGGGGAAACUGCUCCCCUCUGCUCGCCUCUGGAUAACCACACGACCUGCAGCAGCCAAUCAGAUCCCUCCUCAGUGUGUUGUCAUGGUGACAGAGGUCAGAGGAUUCAAUGACUCACAGAAGGAGGAGUACUUCAGGAAGAGAUUCAGAGAUGAGGAGCAGGCCAGCAGGAUCAUCUCCCACAUCAAGACAUCACGAAGCCUCCACAUCAUGUGCCACAUCCCAGUCUUCUGCUGGAUCACUGCUACAGUUCUGGAGGAUGUGCUGAAGCCCAGAGAGGCAGGAGAGCUGCCCAAGACCCUGACUGAGAUGUACAUCCACUUCCUGGUGGUUCAGUCAAAAGUGAAGAAGGUCAAGUAUGAUGGAGGAGCUGAGACAGAUCCACACUGGAGUCCAGAGAGCAGGAAGAUGAUCGAGUCUCUGGGAAAACUGGCUUUUGAUCAGCUGCAGAAAGGAAACCUGAUCUUCUAUGAAUCAGACCUGACAGAGUGUGGCAUUGAUAUCAGAGCAGCCUCAGUGUACUCAGGAGUGUUCACACAGGUCUUUAAAGAGGAGAGAGGGCUGUACCAGGACAAGGUGUUCUGCUUCAUCCAUCUGAGUGUUCAGGAGUUUCUGGCUGCUCUUCAUGUCCAUCUGACCUUCAUCAACUCUGGAGUCAAUCUGCUGUCUAAAGUAAGAUCCAAAUCUAAACUAAAACAUCUCCAUCAGACAGCUGUGGACAAGGCCUUACAGAGUCCAAAUGGACACCUGGACUUGUUCCUCCGCUUCCUCCUGGGUCUUUCACUGCAGACCAAUCAGAGAGUCCUACGAGGCCUGCUGACACAGACAGGAAGUAGCUCACAGACCAAUCAGAAAACAGCUCAGUACAUCAAGAAGAAGAUCAGUGAGAAUCAGUCUGCAGAGAAGAGCAUCAAUCUGUUCCACUGUCUGAAUGAACUGAAUGAUCGUUUUCUAGUGAAGGAGAUCCAACAGUCCCUGAGAUCAGGAAGUCUCUCCACAGAUAAACUGUCUCCUUCUCAGUGGUCAGCUCUGGUCUUCAUCUUACUGUCAUCAGAAGAAGAUCUGGAUGUGUUUGACCUGAAUAAAUACUCUGCUUCAGAGGAGGCUCUGCUGAGGCUGCUGCCAGUGGUCAAAGCCUCCAACAAAGCUCUGCUGACUGGUUGUAACCUCUCAAGGAAAAGCUGGAAAGCUCUUUCCUCGGUUUUCAGCUCCCACUCCUUGAGUCUGAAAGAACUGGACCUGAGUAACAAUGACCUGCAAGAUUCAGGAUUACAGCAGUUAUCUGAGGGAUUGAAGAGUUCACACUGUAAACUGGAAAUUCUCAGGAUGGCUAUGUGCAAACUGUCGUGGAGAAGCAGUGAAGGCCUGUCCACAGUUCUCUGCUCCAGCUCCUGCAGGCUGAGAGAGCUGGACCUGAGUGAUAAUGACCUGCAUGAUUCUGGAGUGAAGGGGCUAUCAGUUGGACUGGAGAGCCCACACUGUAAACUGGAAACUCUCAGGCUUUCAGGUUGUCUGAUUAGAGAUGAAGGCUGUGCUUCUCUGGCCUCAGCUCUGAGAUCUAACCCCGCCCAUCUGAGAGAGCUGGACCUGAGCUACAAUCAUCCAGGAGACUCAGGAGUGGGGCUGCUGUCAGCCAGACUGAAGGAUCCACGCUGGAAACUGGACACUCUAAAGGUGGAAAAUUGUGGAGAACAAAUGCUAAAACCUGGUCUGAGAAAAUAUGCUUGUGAACUCACAGUGGACAGAAACACUGCACACAGAAAGCUGAAACUUUCUGAGAACAACAGGAAGGUGAUGCUGGUAGGAGAGAAGGAGCAGCCAUAUCCCGAUCACCCAGACAGGUUUGAUCGAAGGGAGCAGCUGCUGUGCAGUAAUGGCCUGAGUGGUCGCUGUUACUGGGAGGUGGAGUGGAAAGGAGAAGUUGAUAUAGCCGUAACUUACAGAGGAAUAAAACGGAAAGGAAACAGUGAAGACCGCAGGUUUGGAAAGAACGACCAGUCGUGGUGUCUGCGAUGCUCUGAUGGUAGCUUCUCCGUCUGUCACAACAACACAAACAGAUCAGUCCCGCCCUCCUCCUCCUCCUCUGUCUCUAACAGAGUAGCAGUGUAUGUGGACUGUCCUGCCGGCACUCUGUCCUUCUACAGAGUCUCCUCUGACACUCUGAUCCACCUCCACACCUUCAGCUCCACAUUCACUGAGCCUCUGUAUGCUGGGUUUGGAUUUGUGUUUGGGUUGGGUAUGGAGUCUUUGAUGCUGUCACAGGUCUCCUCAGUGUCUCUGUGUUCGGUGUAG